AUGACUGAAGUAACACACUGCUACAAUGGGAAUAUAAAAGACGGUCUGUUUCACGGGUUUGGGAUAUUAAUAUAUUCGCAGCAUGAAAAAUAUGAAGGAGAUUUUGUAUAUGGGAAACGAGAGGGUAGAGGAAAGUUUACUUAUGCUGAUGGUGCAACAUAUGAAGGUGAAUGGGUUGAUGAUAAGAUACAUGGGAAAGGUAUUGCAAAUUUUGUUAGUGGGAAUAUAUAUGAAGGAGAAUGGGAGAAUGGGAAGAUAAAUGGAUUUGGUAUUCUAUGUUAUAAUAAUGGUGAUAAAUAUGAAGGAGAAUGGUUAGAUGGUAAAAUGCAUGGUCGAGGAACAUAUACUUAUGAAGAUGGAGAUGUAUAUAUAGGAGAAUGGAAAAAUGAUAAAAGACAUGGUAAAGGAUGUGUCAAAUAUAAAGGUAAUGAAAAUAAAAUAGCUGAAACAUAUGAAGGGGAUUGGGUUGAUGGGAAAAUGCAGGGUAGAGGAACUUAUUUUUUUGCUGAUGGUGGUAUAUAUGAAGGGGAUUGGGUUGAUGGAAAAAUGGAAGGUAAAGGAGUAUAUAAAUAUUUAAAUGGAAAUAAAUAUGAAGGGGAAUGGAUUAAUGAUAUGAAAAAUGGUUAUGGAACACUUACUUAUGUUAAUGGAGAAUUAUAUGAAGGAUAUUGGAAAAAUGACAAAGUUCAUGGGAAGGGUACUCUCACUUAUAGUAAAGGAGAUAAAUAUAUAGGUGAAUGGAAAUAUGCUAAAAAAUGUGGUGAAGGAGAAUUAAUUUAUGCUUCAGGUGACAAAUUUAAAGGGCAAUGGAAAAAUGAUAAAGCUAAUGGAUAUGGUAUUCUAUUAUAUAAUAAUGGAAAUAAAUAUGAAGGAGAAUGGUUAGAUGAUCAUAGACAUGGUAUGGGCACAUUUACAUGUAAAGAAGAUGGUACUAUUUAUUCUGGACUUUUUCAAUUUAAUAGAAAACAUGGAAAAGGUACUUUAACCUUUGUUAAUGGACAUAUACUACAGGGAAUAUGGAAUUCAGGUCUACUUGAAAAGGUAAUAAAUUAUGAGUUAACCCCAUCUUCCCCCUGGAACGACCCCGACAUGUAA